UCUUUUGUGAUUAAUUUGCAUAUGUGUGUGUGCUGCCCUUACGUGAAACACUGCUGUACAGUAGGGUCAGUGCCUACAUCUUUGAGUGGUUAUUUACAAUAGCUGUUGUCCAAACAUGCAAAAGGCCAAGUGGCUUCACCCACCUCUCAACGCCGUCUUGUCCGCCUGGGGCCUCAGCGUGGACCCCUUUGUCUUUUCACGUCUCUCCGUCAGCUUGUGGGAGAACAGGAGCUGUAAAACCCCGGCCGAUUCCCAGCCGCUGUCAGGUAGUGUACCUGUUGUCUCUCUCCCUCUCGCUGCCUGCCUUACAAAAGGCCACGAUGGCCGGAGGCAGGGCUCUGGCUCUGGAGGUCGAGAUCUGUCCCUCCUGCCAUUUGGCAGUGCCGUGUUUGUAGACUGUCGUGCCAGAUGUCUUCAUUGCUUAGGGCAGAAACAUGUGCGUAGAUGUUGCUGUUCGAAUCUCUUCCAAAUUAUACAAUAAAACAGGCAGAAAAUUAAAUGAAGUAUCGCUUUGUGAAAGCGCAAGCAUGAGCCCCUCCUGGCCUAGGCUGGCUCCCUGGUCAAACCCACCUUCUGGUUAACAGUCUCACCCCAGCAAUGCCCAUUCUUCCUCCUUCUUGUCGUCCAGCACCAAAGCCUCAGCUUGAGCUUCCAGAGGUAGAACUCAGGCCACAGAGAGACACCUCCAUUUAUUGCUCCCUUCUCCCUCCAGCCCCAGCCAGCCAAGAACAAAUGGGGGAGAAUCAGCAUCUUCCUACCAAAGGCAGGAUUCUCCUCCUAAACGUGGGCAAAGGUGAAUAGGCUUCGCCGGCUGUCUCCUUUAAAGAGUGACGUGCUGUUCAAAUAAUUGCAGAUCAGAUGGCCUGCCAAGAACAUACAGUGAUGUAGACCCGUGCAUCAGUCAGAAGACUGAUUUUAAUUCAACACGGAGAAAGGCACCCUUGAAGUCAUCAAUACUUCAACAUCUUUGCCAGUUAAGCGUGGAUUUUUCUUACCUGCUUGACUGUGUCCAUUGGUGGGAACACCUUCCCCAGUUAAGAUCCUCCCUUACUGAGUUACUGAAAGUAGGAGGGACCUCUGGAAGUCCUGGGUUGGCAGCUAGACCUUCUGCUACCUGCAGCUAUUCUGAGAUGAGGCUUCUGCUGCGAAAAGUCUAGCAUUUUUCUACAAAGUCCAUGAGACCUACGGCUCGCUCUGAAGUCAGUGCAAGUGUGCAGUAGGCACAUUGGUUCGUGAUGAUCCAGGAAGGAUGGCUGAGCCUUGCAGGGCUGCAGGUCCCAGCGUGCCGUCCUGCAGUGGUGCAGGUGCUUUGCCGCUUACGCCCUCAGCCCCUUCCAACAGCUAUCCCAGCAGAGGUGUCUGAAGGAGGGAGGGUUAAAUCUGCACCUUCACAGACUGAACUGCCUAACGAGAGGCUUGCGUAAGCCUCUCAUUACAGCUUGCUUGCUGUAAGCCCACAGCACAAGGAGAGCAGGAGGAGGCUAAACGGUGCUCCUUCUUUGGUUGCCUUAACCCGGGGGUAGAUUCCUUCGUCUUCAGGAGCUCUGGCGACGUUUGCGCAAUUUUAACAGCCCCGGCUGAGAGGGGCAGAUGUGGUGAGAUUUGUAGUUCAGUUUGGCCACAGCACCAUGGAGGUGCUGUCUGACCAUCACUUUGUCUCUCCUGAGCCACAGUAAGUGGCUACGUUGACUGUCUCUUGACUUCUCCAGCUUGGCUCCCCCAGCUAUUCCUGGCUGCUUGGACAGAGCAGGUUUCCUCCGUCAGUACUUUUUUUAGUCAGGUGGCUGUUACUCACCCGAUACAGAAAAGAAGAAAAAUGUUUACUAACGCUACAGUAGUUGUGGCUCUUCGGGGCACAUUCUCCAUAGAGGCACCACAAGCGAUCUCUUGUCCUUCGCUCUGAAGGAGUCUUUACUGUUGGCAAACCUGAGAGAGGUUAGACUGGGGCAUCCUGAACUUAGUUUGCUCCGUUACCACCCUGAGCAGCAGCAGCAGCUCCUGGCUGCCUCGGCCUGCACGUGUUCAUCCUCCUUCUUCCCAAACCAGGGUGCCAGUCUGUUCCAGCUUUCCGGUCCCGACACCGCGCUCCCAGCUAGGACGUCAACUCUUGCCCCACGUAUUUCUCUCCCGUGACCCUGCUGCCUUUCAUCAGCCACAGUAAACCUUGCCAGCUCCUUCCAUCUAAAACCCUGAGACGGGCGCACAGGUUUGGGAGCAGCAGGGCUACAGCAGCCACUGAAGAGGGAGGUUGCCGCUUCCCAAGGCAGCACGUUGAUGGCGGUGGCCCGUGUCAUGGCUCCCGCCCCACGGCACGAGCGAAGAGCGGAACUGGGAGCUGCCGUGGCUGCAGACCGCAGUAGGUGGUGCGGUGACGUGCGUGGCACCGUUCGGGAGCCCUUUGCCUUACGCCACUGCUGGUGGCAGCUGGGGAGGGUUCACAGGCACAGCCUGGAUGGACAUUACUGUCUGCGGAGAACUCGAUCCUGUUCAUGUGAGUACAUGCUCACCUGGGAUCUGUGUGGACAGCACUUCUUAAAGAAUCACAGUUUCCAUAGGACCAGUAAAAAUGGGAAGUACUGGAUUCUGGUUUCCUCCAAGAAGAGUCAGCGGAACUGGUUAAGACCAAAAUCUGAGGACUUUAGUGGGCAAACAUCAGUCCCCUUUUGCUUUCUUUUACGACCACAUGAAACUUGAGAAGCCAUCUAAAGCUAAAUCAUUUAGUGGAGUUGGGCAAUUCCCAAGUGUCCAACAAGAAGGCCUGGUUUAGGCUGCGAUGGCCACUGUCAUUCCUGGUGAUUUGUCAGAAGUAAGAGAUACCCAGAAAGUCCCUUCAGGGAAACGUAAGCGUGGUGAAACCAAACCAAGAAAAAACUUUCCUUGCCAACUGUGUGACAAGGCCUUUAACAGUGUUGAGAAAUUAAAGGUUCACUCAUACUCUCACACAGGAGAGAGGCCCUACAAGUGCACACAACAAGACUGCACCAAGGCCUUUGUUUCUAAGUACAAAUUACUAAGGCAUAUGGCUACUCAUUCUCCUGAGAAAACCCACAAGUGUAAUUAUUGUGAGAAAAUGUUUCACCGAAAAGAUCACCUAAAGAAUCACCUACAUACACACAAUCCCAACAAAGAGGCCUUUAAGUGUGAAGAAUGUGGAAAGAACUACAAUACCAAGCUUGGGUUCAAACGUCACCUAGCUUUGCAUGCUGCAACAAGCGGUGACCUCACCUGUAAGGUAUGUUUGCAGACUUUUGAAAGCACAGGAGUGCUGCUGGAGCACCUAAAAACUCACGCAGGCAAGUCAUCGGGUGGAGUGAAGGAGAAAAAACACCAGUGUGAACACUGUGAUCGUCGGUUCUACACCCGAAAGGAUGUCCGUAGACACAUGGUAGUGCACACUGGAAGAAAGGACUUCCUCUGUCAGUACUGUGCACAGAGAUUUGGGCGGAAAGAUCACCUCACACGCCACAUGAAGAAAAGUCACAACCAAGAACUUUUGAAGGUCAAAACAGAGCCAAUGGACCUUCUAGAUCCCUUUACCUGCAAUGUUUCUGUGCCUAUUAAGGAUGAGCUGCUUCCAGUGAUGUCUUUACCUUCCAGUGAACUGACAUCAAAGCCAUUUACAAACACUUUGCAACUAAAUCUCUACAACACUCAGAUUCAGUCCAUGCAGAGUUCUGCAUCUGCACACCAAAUGGUUGCCACAUCGUUACCAUUGGGAAUGCCUUGUCCAAUAGAUAUGGAGUCUGUCCACCCUUCUCACCAGCUAUCGUUGAAAUAUCCGCUCGGUACUACCUCAUAUGCAAUUUCUAUGCCUGAAAAAGAACAGCCAUUGAAAGGGGAAAUUGAAAGUUACUUGAUGGAGUUGCAAAGUGGUAUGCCUUCUUCAUCCCAGGAUUCUCAAGCAUCUUCAUCAAAACUAGGGCUGGAUCCACAAGUAGGGCCACUAGAUGAUGGGUCUGGGGAGGUUUCCCUUUCCAAGGGCUCCGUUCCUAUUAGCGAACCUCUAAACACCCCAUCAUUGGACUUUUCUCAGCUGUUCAACUUCAUACCUGUAAAUGGCCCUCCCUAUAAUCCUUCUGUUUCAGUGGGAAACCUCGGAAUGAGUUAUACACAAGAGGAGGCACAUUCUUCUAUGACUCAACUUCCACCACAAACCCAAGAUCCUCAAGAUCCUAGCAAUAGUAUAGGUCUUGGGUCUCUGCACUCGUUGUCAGCAGCUUUCACAAGCAGUCUAAGCACAACCACCACCCUACCGCGAUUUCAUCAAGCUUUCCAAUAGGAUGUACAAAGCUGGCUUGUUACUGUCUAUUUGUAGAAAUGCCUUAGGUGACCAUUUUUAACUUAGUGCCUACUAUAAGACAUUAUAAAUUCUCGCUUUUGUACAGUACCAAUCUCAUGAAGCCAGUAAGAAAUUUAAAUUAACUUUUUAAAAAUGUUUUGAAAGUGUUUAUUCUCAGCUGUGUUUACUUUGUUGGUUUUUUUUAAAAAACAGUCUCAUUGUAUUGUUUUCAUUUUCACUGCCAAUUGACACUUUUCAAAUAUUCAGUAGAAAGUCAUCCCAAGCAAACUCUCAACACUCAUCCCUUUUUAAAAAUUUUUUCAACCAUACCAGCUAUUCCGUUUUAUUGAUGUCAGUGGUAGAACUGCCACUUUUACUUUUAAUAUAUUUUACUAUUUGCAAAGAAUCCAGUUAAAAUAUAUAUCACAAAGAUUCCUGAAGAUUUGGGAAAAAAAAUUUCCAGUCCAUUUCCAAACAAAUCCUCUUCUCAAAUGGUGACACAUCUGAUCUGUUCUAUAAUGACAAAUCUAAAUUUUAAAAAUAAAUAUAGAAUUCAGAUUUUUCUGAAAACUUGUGUGUGUAUAUAUAGAAGUCCAUAUAUACACAUGUACAUAUAUAUAGCAUUUUGACUUGUAUUGAAGUCAUUAUAAAAGGUGUUAAGAAUUUUGCCAUUUUCUGGCUUAAAUUUUUGUGGCCUGUUAUGGAUAACGGAAGAAAAAAAUUUAGUUUAAUUCUCUAAAAUCAUGGCUGAACAGAAUUUCAACAGAGAAUCUCUGCUUGCCUAAAUGACAAAUGUUUCAAGUUGAAUUUGGAACUGUGUUGUUGUGCUUUCAUGACUCUGGUAGAGGGAAAUAGGCGAAAUUAAUGGCUGAUCUUGAACUAUAAAAGUGUUGUAAUGUAGUAAUGCAGAAUAUUUUGUCGCAGUUUUUGUUUUAAUUCUUAACUUGCUGUUUUUUCUCUUUAGUAGCAUAGAAAAAGUACUGCAUAGGAAUCUUCCGAUAGUGUAUUCACAUUUGUAGGCAUCAGUCUUCUCCCAGCUGCCACCGCCAAAGGGUGGAUCAAGUCCAGCCAGAAAGUGUGUAUCUAUUUUCAGUUCAAAACUAGUGUGCAGUCAGAGAGUGAAUGUAAAUUUGCAAAUACCAGGUUUUUUGUGGUGUUUUUUUUUUUAUUGGAAUGAUCUUUUCAGUUGUGUUACAUGGUGUGUUAUGUCCUCCUAAGCAACAAGUUAGACGUUAAUCACACUUUCUACACCUGGGUACUUGGUUAGGGACUUUUUGCCCAUUGCCAAGAUUUAAAGACAGGACUCUUAGGAGUGAAGUAAAAGCAUAUUGCUUACACCACUUUUACCUAAUGCAAUAUAUUCUAUUCCCCAACCCCUAAUAACCAAAAGAGGAAAAAAAAAAAAAAAACAACCCUGUGAUGCAUGAAAGCAAACUAGAUUUGCUGUAAUUCAACAAUAACGUUCAUUUCCUUGUCAUUUUUGUACAAGGAAUUAAAAAGUAGAAAUCAAAUACGUUAGUAUCUCUCAAACAAUAAUGAGGAUUCAUACAAGGUUUUAAGUGGUUAAACUAAAUAUACUUCACAGAAACAAAAGUUGCUCCCAUUUAAGGAGCUCAUGCUCCAGAUGUUUUAUCAGUAGCUCCUACUUUUUUUUUUUUUAAUUCUAGGAGCAAUAUGCAGGUGUAGUUUUACUAUUUUAUACAUAUGUGUAUUUAAAUUUUAUUACUAAAAGAUAACAUUUUUAUAAAUGUGUUUGUGUUCCAAAGGCAUUAAAAUAAGGAUGUAUUAAUAAGGAAAAUACCUUUUGAAAUUCUGCAAACUACUCCUAGAUUUUGGGUUUAGGAGCACGUUAUCUCAAAGUGGGCUUUUAGCUCUGCUUCAUGACUGCUUCCUCUGGUUUCUGUGAAACAGAUUGCUUGCUUACUUACAUCUUUAGUUGAAUGAUUUGUUCAAUAUUGCUUUUUUCCUCUUCACCUUUCUAAAGGAAAGAAAAACACAGAUGAACAGAGCACAAGGUGAAUGCAAACGAAUGUAACUCUAGUUUAAAUCAGCAACCAUAACGCAUCUAGGAAGAACUCGGGUUUAUCCUCAAUCCUUUAAAUCAGUCUGAGGUGAAGAUAAAUGGACUUAAUUCCACCAGCGGGUUAUGUCCCGCGUGGAGGUGAGCAUCUGCAACUCCCCCUGCAGCAGAGGAAAGUUGCGAGCGCUCGGCAUCCUGCAGCCAACCCGGCAGCGUGGCCGGGCAGCGCUGCCCGUCCUGGGCAGCCUCUGGCACACGAAUUUCCAGUCCGUAGCGACUGUUUGUCGGUCUCAGUUGCCGAUUAGACUUCAUUAAAGAAACAAAACCCAACAGACACUUUGCCAACGCCCGUUUCUUAGUGCGUAGCCAGAACCCUUACUACUUUGUUCGUGCCUUAGCUUUCUGUAAAGGGAUUGACAUUUCACUUUGGAGUUAGGCGUACAUUUCACUUGAGAAAUAGGGACCUCAGACAAGAUAUUGAACCUCAUUCAGUCAGGGUUUCAGUGUGUGGCUGCACCGAGCGUGUUUGCCACUGAACUAGGGUGUACGGUAACGUGGAAGCAGACUGACAUUGUAAGCAAUACUACCACCACCGGAGUGCUUUUGAAUAUCACUUAGGCAGAGUCAAUAUUGGCCACUACUAAGCCGUCAGUUUUUAAACCCUGUUUUCUCGAUUUCAGAUGGAUUCUCGGCGGGAGGGGGGGAGGGCUGGCUGAUCAUGCACCACUCUUUGUGCAACUUCUAAACUUCUAGUAAGGUUUUUUUUUGGUUGUUUUUUUUUAAUAUAUAUAUUUUUGUGUACUUGUUGCUUGUGCUUUAUUUAGUAGUAAAUUGUGGAAUAGAGUGAUUUAUUGUUAAUUUGGCAGUAGCGGUUUUUAAAAACCAUAUACUGACUGAAACAUGAGCCAGAGCUGAUUGCUUUAUUAAGCUAAUAAUGAAUGUUAAGAGUACAUAUUUUCAGGAUCAUUUGCCUAGUGAGCUAAACUUGUAUUAUAGGCCAAUAUUUUUUAAAAUAAAGCUUGGUCAACCUCUAUGUUACACAUAUUACAAGAUAUAGCACUUUCAAAAAGAAAACCUAAACCUUUUAAGAAAAUUUCUUACAGGUUAUGCUUUUUAUUAUAAAACCUUUUAUUAUAAUUUGUUUCAAGUGCCAUUAGAUUACGUAUAUGUAGGCCUUUGGUAUAAUGCUUUGUGUACAAAAUGGUAGACAUUGUAAUUUUAAACAGGUACAUUUUUACAGUGUUUUCUUAUCAAUUUGCUAUAUUGCACAGAACCAGUGUGUCUUUCUUAAGGGUUUUACAAUGGUUUUUACUAGGUUUACAUGUUUCAAACUACACUGUCUUCUACUGCCAUUUUGAAUACCAGUCAAAAAAAAUUUAGGAGUUUGUCCUCACCAAUUGCAAACUGUGUCCUCUGGAGUACUGGGUGGUAAACUAUGUAAAAAAUGUUUAACGUGCAGUAUUUGAUACAGAUUUUUUUUAUCAUAUCCUAUCAUCGCUAUGCUGCUGUCUGAAGUUAAUUUAGGGCCUGAUCCUGCAUCCGUAAAAGUCGAGGGGAGCAGGAUUGCAUCCUUCAUUAUGUCUGUCUCAUACACUGGUUUAGCAGUUCAUCCUGUAUUCUUCUCAGUCUAUAGAUAAGCCUCUGAAAUAAAUGUACUUAUCUGAUAUGUAGUAAACUGUAUAGGCUUAGCUGCCCACCCUGCAUCCUCCCAGCGUACAGUUAAAGCCACAGCCUACUUAGCAUCACGCUCGAGUACAAGUAAUGCCACAGUAGUUCAAAAUGUGUUUGGAUAGUCCCAAAGCUUUUAUGCAAUAAGGGUGUCUUACUUUUGUUGGAAGGCAGUGUCUUUUGAUAACAGUUAUCUAGCCCUGGAAGUGACACAGAACUAUUGCUAAUCAUAUGUAAACACUUUUCAGUAUAAGCUUCAGUGGUACAGUUGAACCAGAGUGAAUGUUUAUCUCCUCAGAAACACUCCUGCAAUAUUGUUAUAUUGGAUCAUGCUGCUAAUGUAACUUGGGAUACAACUCCUCUCAUGGUGCUACAAACCUCCCUGUCUCAUUCAGAUGUAUUUUUACCCAUAGAAAAAAGGACUAUACUAGACCUAUAGUUGUAUGAUAUAUUUUUAUACUGUGACUUAAUUUGUCAUUAAUGAACUUUGUGCAACACCACAAUGUAUUCAUAUGCACUUGCAAAAGUAAAAUUUUGGACAUGCAAAUUUAAACGCUGACAAGCCCAGCUCUUGUUCACAAAAAUAGGUGACUGCUAGUUAAAUUAAAUGUGGGCUUUUUAUAUGGUGUGGAGUGAAGAACAUACUAUAUAUUACUAAAAGCCUUUGAAUUUAGACAAAAACUGGGAAGAGUAUAUUGGGGAAUGAUGACACACCCAAACCUGACUCGGAUUGCUGAAAUUAUAUUUUUAGCUAGUGGAAAAAUUGUUUGGACUUGUGUGCUAAAAUGUUUUAAUGAUAAAAGUUUUGAGUCAAAAAUAGAGGAAAAAAAAGACACAGAAAACCCUGCAUUCCAGACUGAAUUUGUAUAUGUUUCUUGCAUUUAAAAUUUGCUAUCCUGUGAUAUGGGAAAUUGAGUUGCUUAUCAUGUAUAUGUACUUUAAAAUGUAUUCACAAACUACUGUUGUAUUUGUAUAAAAUAUAGACAAAAAGAUUGCAUAUAUAUUUUUGUGUAUAAGCUCUGUAAAAUAGCAAUCACAUUAUGAAGCUGCAGCAGAACUUCAUUUUAAACAUUCACAUCCAAAGAAACAGACUAUUUAUUGUCCACAUACCCUGAUUAUAAAAUAUACCUUGCUGCUAUUAAACAAUAGUGCUGCAGCUUCUUGUGGCCUACAGUGUUAUGUUUGCUGUACAAAAAUAUGUGAACUCCACAAAAUAUAUCAAUAAAAUUACAGAAUGGUUUUAGUUAAUGAAUAACUUAUGCCUGGCAUUUCAAUAGAUAAUCUUGAUCUGCAUGUUUGGG